ACACCAAGUCUCGUUACGAGUCGUCAAAUCGUUCCACUUUGAGAAAAUGGCGGCCAACGGGCAUCGCGACAAAGGCCUCCCGCCAAGCAAGUAUCUGUGUCUGACCAUUCUCGGCUACCGCAAGCCAGGGUUAAGCGAGGAGGACUAUCGCCGCCACAUGAUAGAAGUAUCCGCUCCGCUCACCAAGGAUCUCAUGGCGAAGCACGGAAUCAAGCGUUGGACCGUCAUCCACAAUCCGCAAGAAACGCGGGAGCUCAUGAGUGAGCUGUAUGACGCACAGAUGGCAAACGUGGCCGACUACGACUGCUUCAGCCAAGUCGUGUUUGAGAGCGUGGGGGACUACAAGAGGCUGCGAGAGGAUCCAUGGUACAAGAGCCGUCUAUUUGGGGAUCACGAGAAGUUUGCCGAUACUAGUCGUAGCCAGAUGACGAUUGGGUGGAUUGAGGAGUGGGUUCACAAUGGCCAAAUUCGGGAGAGUAUGGACGCGCCAUGGCCAUCGCUGCAGGGCUAACGCUUUCGGCACAGCCAAUCAAUUGGCGGGUUUAUAGUGUAAUUUGUCGACUAGUA